CUCCGGCAGUGCCCGUUAUUCCUCAUCCCCGGGAUGGAGGGGCGCGGAGAGGCAUCAGCAGAGGAGGAGGAGGAAGACGCUGAGGAGGAGGAGGAAGCCGAGGGCGUGCGGAUCACACCGCAGCUGCUGCAGGCCAGCAGCGGGGAGCUGGCGCCCGAGGCCAUCCUGCUGCUGCGCCUGCGGGGCCGCGGCAUCACCCACCUGGGCUGCCUGGGCCGCUGCGCCAACCUCGAGUGGCUGGACCUGUCGGGCAAUGCCAUCGCCCAGCUGGGCCCGCUGGCCGCCCUCCGCUCCCUCACCGUCCUCAACCUGGCCCGCAACCGCAUCGCCAGCCUCGAGCCCCUCGGCUCCUGCCAGAACCUCCAGAGCCUCAACGUGGCCGGCAACCUGCUGAGUGGGCUGCACCAGCUGCGCUGCCUGACGGGGCUGCGGCGCCUGCAGAGCCUGCGCCUGCGCGAGCCGCUCGCCCGCCCCGACAACCCGCUCUGCGCCGCGCCGGCCUACCGGCACGCCCUGGCCGACAUGUUCCCCUCCCUCAAAGCCAUCGACGGCGAGCGCGUGUCCGGCCGCGGCAGCGAGCUCUACCAGCUCUGCCGGGAUCUCGACAGCUCCUUGGCGCGCGCCGGUGCCGGCAGCGAGGCAUCGCAGGCGGCUCAGCCCUGGGUGGACGCGGCGUUCUGGGAGCCGCGGCAGCCCCGGCGCAGCUCCAUCAUGGAAGAAGCCUACAGGCAGUUCAGGGAGGUGCUGCAGGAGUGCCGGGACCUGAGCCGCCGCGCCGAUGACACCAUCGCCCAGGCCGAGCAGGCGCUGAGCGCCCGCCACGACCCCAACGCCUUCAUCUUCUGAGCCAGCCCACCCCCCCGGCCCCACGGGGAGAAAGCCCCUGGUUGCAUGAGGAGAUACUCCGCAGUUGCACAAAGAGACCCCUCCAGCCCCAUGAGGAGACCCCCCUUCAGCCUCGUCCCACGAGGAGACUUCCCUCAGGUCCCAGGAGGAGAAACCACUUGAAUGCAUGAGGAGAUCCUCCCCAUUUGCACCAGGAGAUCCUUGCAGUCCCACAAGGAGAUUCCUCCACAGUCACACGAGGAACUCCCCACCCAACCCCACAAGGAGACCCCCUCCCAGUUAUAGGAGGAGGCCACAGCAGCACCCACAUGGCUGAGGGUGCUGGGGUUGGGCCCUGCAGUUCUCCCUCACCUCAGAGGCUCCUUGUCUUGCUCAGGGGCCAUCCCAGGGGUGGGGGGGCACGGUGGGACUGUGCAG